UUGUUCGUCCACACUAACUACAUUUCCCACAAUUCACCUAACGCAGCAGACGCACGUUCUAGAACCCUGACGAUUCUUCUGGCGCGACUCGCUAACGUCCGUUUAACGCAGCUUACGUCCGGAGCAGUUCACGCCACAGGGGCCGUUCAUUUGGGGGGGGGACACCUCUGCUUCUAGGUGGUCUCAUAACAGGGGAAGACCUGGACCCUGCACUGCCUGUUGCUGUGUGCUAACGCGAGAAUCCCACAGCAAAACACUGCGAACUGACGGAGACUAGCUAGAACAACAACAACAACAACAACAACAACAUCGAGGGGCAGGGCAGCUGCACAGGUCGGUCUGCAACGAUGCAUGUUUCGGGUUAACUAACUUGUGCAAAGUUGUUACACAGCACAGGGAUGACCGUGCCAUUUUAUAUUAACAGUCCGUUUUAUCCGUAAUGCCAUAUUUACAGUGGCAUUGUAGCUAGCGCGAUCCAGACAUAUUUAUAACUUGUGCGUCAUGUAGGUUACAGAAAACACCGUCAGCUUAUCUGAUCAUCAGAUCCGUCACCGGUUUGUCUCUCCAAAUCGUUUCCUCGACUGGACCACCUUUAUGCAUCACUCUGCUCUCACAAGCAGUGGAGUGAGGUUCCUGCCAGCCAUGUAUUCAUUUUCAGGCCCGACAAGCCUUCCUGAAUUUGACCUGGGACAUCCGAGUACCUCUGAUCACCUACAGAGAGCAACACUGUCCAACAGCUGGGAGACCAGAUGCCUCAGGAAGCACCGGAGGAGAGUUGAUGAUGAGGGAUGCAGUGCCAAAAGGAGGAGGUUAAUGUACGAGGCAGAAGUGGACAUUUCAGAGAACUCAAACACUAGCAAUCGUCAUGAGUGGCCUACAGCAAACAGCUGCCCGUCUCUGUCUGCACAGCAAGCCAGCCCUGCACCUCCAAAGCCCUGCCCAGCGCCUCAGCCCUUGACUUUGCCUCAGCCCUCCAACCCCCCUCUGUCCCGACCCGAGACAGAGAGCUCCUGUAUGGAGAUAGAGGCAGCUCAGAGGAGACUUCAGGAGAUUGAGGACAGAAUAACGCUGGAGGAUGAUGACGAGGAUGAAGAUCUGGAUGUAGAGCCAGCCCCGAGACGGCCAGUGCUGGUGAUCUCAGACAGUCUGAAGGAGGGUCUACAGCGCGACAUCAGUGACAUCCUACCCCAUACAGUAGCCCAGUCUGUGAGCCAUUCCUGUAUGGAGUUGGUGUUGUGGCGGCCACCUGAAGAUCCCUUCUGUCGGAAGCGAAAGGGCCUAUUACAGAAACCGCGUAAACAGCAGACAGUAUCUCGACAACCCCCGACCCCAUGUCCGUCUCCAAACCCUCACAGUCCCUCUGCAGACACACACUCUUCUCUGUACAGCUUUCCUGUGGCCCACAGCUCCGGAGAGGAGGACAUGGAAAUGUAAUAGCGCUUGAUGACUUGAAAAGCCAUGCCAAAGUAAAAGACUGGAUAUGUAGUCACACAAAAGACUAUAAAGGACUCAGAACCCUGUGGUUAGUUUGGCAAGGCACGUUGGCUUUACAUUAGUAUUGUGCAGUUUUGGACAGUUCCUGCAACACAUUUUUUUGCUUUACAGUUCAAUUUUUUGACUAUCACCCAUGUGUAAGAUGUAACCAUAAUGCUGACCUAAUUAACCAGGUAACUGUCGUAAUCUCAAGACUUUAAAAGUUCAAUAGACAGCCUUACAUAACCAAUUUUAUAUAAAUCAAUGUCCUUAGAAAUAAGAUAAUUUGUAUAUAAUUUUGCCAAAGCCUGGCCAACGACACACCGAUGUACUGUAAAUAUGACGUUGCUCUUUGUUAAAUAUCAGCGUGCAGCACAUGAAUUUUGUACAGUUCUUAUGUUCAGCUUCUGAACGUCGUUAACGGGACUUUAAAAAUGGUUCCUGUGUGUUCACAUUUGCUCACAGCAUGACUUCCUGCUUGCGGUUGUACUUGUUGUGGUAGAAAUAUUAUCUUCCUAUAGUGCUUAGCAAGUACGCCAUCUGUGAGCUUUGAGUAAUUUUGUAAAGAAGUCAUGGAAAUGCACCUUUCUAUGAUUAGAUUGUAUUACUAGAACUGCAAUCAGCCAUCAAGUGUUAUUACUUUGUUUUUAAAUAAACUCAUUUAUUGUCCAUGUAGAUAUUCUGCAUGGAAUAGUUGCA